GCAACAUCACACUACUUUUGACACAUCUCUGUGUUCACAAGUAAACUUUCAAAAUGGUGCACCUGUCUUCGGAUGAGAAGAACUGUAUCACCAGCCUCUGGUCCAAGGUGGCAGUUGACCAGACUGGUGGUGAGGCCCUUGGCAGGAUGCUCGUCGUCUACCCCUGGACCACCAGGUUUUUUGGGACCUUUGGUGAUCUCUCCUCUCCUAGCGCUGUCAUGUCAAAUGCUAAGGUUCAAGCCCAUGGUGCUAAGGUGCUGACCUCCUUCGGUGAAGCUGUCAAGCAUUUGGACAAUCUGAAGGGUACUUAUGCCAAACUGAGUGAACUCCACUGUGACAAGCUGCAUGUGGACCCUGAGAACUUCAAGAUGUUGGGAAAUAUCAUUGUGAUCUGCCUGGCUGAGCACUUUGGCAAGGAUUUUACUCCUGAAUGCCAGGUUGCUUGGCAGAAGCUUGUGGCUGGAGUCGCCCAUGCCCUGGCCCACAAGUACCACUAAGCCUUGCCCAUCUGGUGGUUUUCAUUGAGCUGAGUCCACUAUGUUCCAUAUAGUUUACCUUCUGCACAUGGAAUGAAUAGGGUCUGACCCUAUGGGCAUAGCCCCUGACCAAUAAACUGCAUUCCUUCCA